AGUGUUUCUACUACGCCCUCCACCCAUCUCUCUAUGCCGGGGGCCAGCUGGGCUAGGUGGUUCGGUUUAGUUUGGAGGUUAGGCCCUUCGGGACUGCAGCCUGAGGACAUCUGUGGGGGCGGCUGACACCUGCUGAGACUUCUUUGUAUCUACUUGAGCUCUAAAGCAAAAGACAUCUUUGAAGGUUUUCAUUUUUCAUAAGUAAAAAGUAAAAGAGAAUUUUGGUUAUUAACAGUCAGAUGACAUCAUCAUGAGCAUCAAUCCAAGUAAUAUUAAUGCUGAAAUCCAAAGGUUAAAGAAUACUGCUGUUGACUUAAAAGAAAUGCAUAGAAGCAAUGAGUCAGAUUUGGAUUUCAUUACAGAUCUGAGAAAGAAACUUCAUCGAGCAAAAAAAGAAAAACUGGAAAUAACAACUAGCCAUAAUGCGCAGCUGUUAACCUAUGAGAGCCAGCUUACCAAGCUUCGAUCUGAAGUUGAGAGAGGGGAGGCACUUCGACAGAGUCUUGAAUAUGAACUUGCUCUUGCUAGAAAGGAACUUGGCCUUGGAAGAUUGGCUAUUGAAGAAAAAUUAGUCGAGGCACAUAACAAGAAUGAACAACUACGAGUACAGAAUUCAGAGCUUCAAGGGAAGAUAAAUGAGAUCGAGAAAGCAUUUCAGACUUCUCAGUACAACUGGAAAGAAGAAUGCAGAAGAUUUGAAUUGGAUUUGGAGGAGAGAGACAACGUAAUUCAAAACUGUAAUCAAGAAUAUGAUGUUCUUUUGAAGGAAAAAAAUAGACUAGAAAAUAUUCUAAAGGAGACAUUGGAUCAGCAUCAGGAACAGAAGAAUGAACUGGAAUCUCAUAUCAGGGAAACAGCACUUGAGGAAUUUAGAUUACAAGCCGAACAAUGGGAAACAGAAAGAAGAGAGUUACAAUUUUUAGUACAGGAACAAGAUAAUGCUAUACAAAAUAUGCAUAAGAAAAUGGAAAAACUAGAAUCAGAACACCUUGAUUGCUCUAACCUUCUACGGCGACAAGCAAGUGAACUUGAAUCAAGCUCUUCCCGAGAGGAAUUACUUAGAAAAGAAUAUGAGGCAGCUACUAUGAAGGUGAAGAAAUUAGAGGAAAAUAUUGAAGCGGAAAGAGCAGCACACCUGGAAUCCAAAUUUAAUUCUGAAAUUAUCCAGUUAAGAAUUCGAGAUCUCGAAGGAGCCUUGCAAGUAGAAAAGGUGAGCCAAGCAGAAGCUGUGGCUGAUUUGGAAAUGAUCAAGAAUGAGUUCAAAGAAGUUGAAAGUGCAUAUGAGCGAGAAAAACAUAAUUCACAAGAGACCUUUGCAAAACUAAAAAUAUUAGAAAGAGAGUGUUUCUCUAAAAACAAGAAACUAAAUGAAGAGAUCGAGGAACAGAAGAAAGUAAUUAUGGACCUCUCAAAGAGACUUCAGAGUAAUGAAAAAAGUUUCAGUGAAUUACAGGAAGAACUAGCAAUGGCUAAGAGGCACCAGGCCUGUCUUACAGAGAUGAAUGAAAAGAAUGUGAAAGAGUUGGAGUUGCUCUUAGACAGCUUUGCUGGGUCUGGCCAGCGGACAUCAGGCAUCCACAAGGAUGAAGAUAAAGCUCCCAGCUUCUCUGUUGUCCUUGAGACUUUGAGGCGUACCUUGACAGAUUACCAGAACAAGCUGGAAGAUGCAUCUAAUGAGCUAAACUGCCUGCAAAUGACUUCUGAAAAAACAUUUAGGGAACUUGAUGCUACCAAACAGGAGAUGAAAUGUCAAAACAAAAGUCUAAAGGAAGCACAGGAUAAACUGGUUAAUGUCAAUCAAGAGUUAAAUCACCUGCGAACUAAGUAUGCAGACAGAGAAUCUAUAAUAGGCACUUUAAAAAUGGAACUCCAAAAUGUUCUACAUUGUUGGGAGAAAGAGAAAAUGCGAGGAGCACAAUCUGAAAAUGAAAUCCAGAAGCUUUCGCAGGCUUUCCAUAAGGAUAUUGAGGAGAAGCUAACCUUCCUUCAUACUUUAUAUCAGCACUUGGUAGCAGGCUGUGUGCUUAUAAAACAACCAGAAGGCAUGCUGGAUAAAUUCUCUUGGUCUGAGCUUUGUGCAGUCUUGCAGGAGAAUGUUGAUGCCCUGAUCUUAGACCUCAACAGGGCUAAUGAGAAGAUAACUCAUCUAGAAUAUGUUUGUAAAAACAAGUCUGAUACUCUGAGGGAGCUUCAGCAGACCCAGGAAGACACUUUUAAUAAAGUGGCAGAACAGAUUAAAGCACAGGAGAGCUCUUGGCAGAAACAAAAGAAGGAUUUGGAACAGCAUUAUACUGAACUCCUCCGGGAGGUUCAGAUGAAGGCACAGAAAUAUCAAGAAAUUGCUGAAAAAAAUGUGGAAAAGUCAGCCUUUAUGGAAAAAUCUAAUGAAGAGUUGGUUCUUGAAAAUUCACAGUGUAAAAAUAUGUUAGCUGAGACUCAAAAGGAACAUACAUCCCUACUGGCAGCCUGUGCAUUAAUGUCUGGUGCUUUAUGUCCUUUAUAUAGUCGAUCAUGUGCCUUGUCAACACAAAGAGACUUUCUCCAGGAUCAGGUUAACAUGUACGACGUGCUCAAACAGGAAAUUAGAACUCUGGUUCAGGCUUUGUCUGAUGUAGAAGAAAAGAAGCAAAAUGAAGCCAAGUUGAAGAAAAAACAUUUCAAAGGAUUGAUACGUGUAUUCCGGAAAGGUGUGAUUGCUGUUUUGGCAGCAAAAAGACUUCAGAUUCUUGGCCAAAAGUGUGGCUCUCUUUUUACAUGGAUGGAGAGCUUCAAAGAAGGCAUAGGAAUCUUAGUAUGUACAGGAGAACCCAAAGAGAACCAUAAUUUGCCAAGACAUCGAACAGAGCAGAUGCGUUGUCUUCAAGCAGUUAGUUGGCUUACUAGUUCUGAACUUCUUGCUGCAGUAAUCAGUUCUAUGGCUGAGUUACAGGAAGUGGUUUGUAAAACAGAUCCAAAUUCUGUGCUUUGUGGACAUUUACUUAUAAGUGCAGCAAGGAAUUCGUUUGCAAAACUCAUGGAUAAAAUUAGCUUGGCAAUGGAGAAUGUAACACUGGGCAGUAGUAGAAGUUUUACAUAUAUGGAAAAGGAUUCCCUGGUUCAGAGGUUGGCCCGAGGACUUCAUAAAGUUAACACAGAAGCCUUGAAGUAUGGUCUAAGUGGCCCUGUGCCCAUUAUGAAAAGUGUAGAAUGUUUGCAAAAGCAAAUAUAUGAAUUUACCCAAAGAUUGCAUACAGCAGAAGUAGAACGCCGUUCACUCCGCUUAGAGGUUACAGAAUUUAAAAAGAAUGUCCAUGAUAUGAAAAAAGAGAUUGACAAAGCCCAGGUCCUCCAAAUGCAAUUAAAAGAAUUUAAGCAGUCUAAACUGAUCACCCGUGAGAGGUUUGAAAGUGCCUGUGAAGAACUGAAUAACGCAUUCCUCCGGGAGCAGCAGGCCCAGAGGCUUCUGAAUGAACAGGCCCAGCAGCUUCAGGAGUUAAACUAUAGACUAGAGCUGUGCUCGAGCGAGGAAGCGGGCAAGAACCAGACCCUUGGCGAAGCUGCGAAGAGUCUCUCUGAGGCAAAGAUGGAGCUGAGAAGAAAAGAUCAAUCUUUGCGUCAGCUCAAUAGACAUCUUACCCAGCUGGAGCAGGACAAGCGGCGACUAGAGGAGAGCAUCCAUGAUGCAGAGAGUGCCCUCCGCAUGGCAGCAAAAGACAAAGAAUUUGUUGCUAAUCAUAUGAGAUCAGUGGAAAGUGCUCUUCAUAAGGUCAGAGAUCAGAUCUCGCUGUCACGGACUGCGGCAAGCAGGAAUGACUUCACCCUGCAGCUACCCAAACUGCACCUGGAGACCCUUGCAUUGGAGGGGCUGAAAGGCGGGCCAGAGGUUGUAGCAUGCCAGGCUAUGAUUAAAAGUUUCAUGGAUGUCUACCAACUUGCAAGCUCUAGAAUUGCUACAUUAGAGAAGGAAAUGACAUCUCAUCGAAACCACAUUUCAGCUCUGAAAUCAGAGCUCCAAACAGCUUGUCUACGUGAAAAUGAAAGUUUACACUCAGGAUCACGAGACCAUUCAAAUCUCUCCAUUUCUUCAAGAAAUACUCUUCAUGCUGACCGAAACAUGAAUGGGGAUUUCUUGCCACUGAAAGCUGAACUCGACACAACUUACACUUUCUUAAAGGAAGCAUUUGUAAAUAGUUUACCCCGUUCUCAGGCUUCCCAUUCCCCUGCUGUGAAUAUAUCUACUAAUUCCAAAAGAACAGUACAAAAUGGAUUCUGAUUUUUAUGAAAAUAACAUGGAAGUUAUAUUUAAGAAUUAAAAUGCUGUGUGAAGGAUUUUCUUAUUUAAAUUUUGUUUCAGUAUAUGUGACAACGAUUUGUCUUUUUUAUUAUUAAUUUGUGUGAUUCCUCAAUAUCUGCCUCUGUGUGUAUGUGUGUCUCCUUGCAUAAUGAAAUAACCAACUUGGGUUUUUUAAAGUUUUAUUUAUUAUUAUAGUUGCACAUUUUUAUGUAACAUAUUUUUAAAUGUUAAAGAAUGACACAUUUUGGGUAAUUUUCCUCAGACUUAAAAAAAUCAAUAAGCCAUUUUAGUCUCUAUCUAUCAAAGUUGUUUCAUACUUGUCUAUUUUAAAGCAGGGCUGCAAUACUUUAAUAGGAUCGAGAGAGCUAUUUGAAAUGUAUGCCAAUGAUUCCUGUCAUUUCAUGGCAGCCCUGCCAUGGUUCACUGAGCCCCCUCUUCUCUCUUGUCAGCUCAACUGAAGACAAGCAUUUAGUUGCAAACUUUAAGCAGGUUGUGCAAAACAGAAAUGAUGUGACUGCUUCUCCUCCUGCACAAUAAUGUCACUCCUGGUCAAUGUGAGAAGGUCAGGGUGCUCCUUGUAAAGCUACAUGAUACUAUUUGCCCAUUUGAACAAGUUAAGUUAACUGCUGAAUCUGGUCCCUGCAGGCGUUGAAAACUCAUCCUUUUAUCAACUGCAUUUGAUAAGAAACUCGAACAAUUGUGCAGGGAGAAUUUCAAUGGUAUGUUUAUGUACUUUACAAGGACAGCUCCCAAACCAGUGUUGCAGGUAAUAUAUUUAGUAUAAGCUGCAAGACUUUAAGGUGAUGGCUGCCUUGACCUUCAAAAUAGACUCCUUUUUUGUUGUUGUUGGUAGGGCCCAAGAGUGACGCCCAUCUUUGAUGCUGACAGAAUUUCAAACAAGGCCAUUGCCCUGCAUUUUCUGCCUUGUAGCACACAAAAGUAAAAUUGUAUGUCAGGCCGAGAUGUCGGGGAGCUGACAAGAUGCCCCAGUGACAUUUCAGCUGGAAAGAGCAAGUGUCUUGCAACCAAGUGGUCAAAUAUCAAAUAAUAGGUCAAGCAGGAAGGAGCUGAGUUCUAACCACAAAGAGGUUUCUGGUAACUUACUUGACAAGCUUUUGGGUGCUUUGUGGCUUGACAAAAUGAUGUUCUGUUGGGUAUCGCUAGACAGACUGUUCUUUAUCGCCUUCAGAAGAUCAGACAUUGACAUUGAUUAAACUCUUUAACCCUUAAAGGUUAAAUCCUCACAGUUUGCAUCAUGGUAAGUGAAGAACAAAAGAAAAUUUGUAAUAUGUAAUUUGUUUUUGUAUUAAUCAUUGUACUUCCCAGUUCUAUUAACUUUUGAUGGGCACUAUUGUUUUCAAUAGUGUUCUGAUACAAAAUCCAUGUAUUAGAUUGUUUUUCAUUAUGAAGCAGUGAUACAUUAGAAAAUAACAUUAUGUGUUAUGGAAUUUUUGAUGUCUUAUGCUUCAUUCAAUGUGGCAUUUGAUUCUAAUGUGCCUGAUGACUGAAAAUUGUCUUAUUACUAAUGGCAAAUAAAAUUA